UAUAGGAUUAAACUAUAGACAAAAUAUGAUAGGUAUCGGUGAAACAACACGACCUAAGGACAUAGACACUGUAGGUACUAAUCACGCGACGAUCUGUUUUGUGUAAGACGUCAUCAAGUCCAAUAAGGAAAACAGUAUUUUAAUUUUACAUAUAACCAUUACAUAUGAGCAAUACAUAUAGUUUUUAAACAUUCACAGAAUAAAAUUAUGCAGAGACGUCGCCACCAGGAGUUGAAUUUGGAUCUAGUGCAAUUCCCAAAGUCAGUUUAUGUGAGGGAAAUACGUAUAAUACCUCUCGGUGCUCGCGUGGAAGGCGAUUUCCCGGGUGGUGUCCGACUUGGUGCCACAAAUCCCACCAAGUUCCAUAUAGAUUUCUUCGUGAACGACUUAAGUAAGCCUGGGGCGUCAACAUUCGAAGCCCUAGGCAGUUUGGACUACUGUCAGAAUGGCCAGAUUCACAUGGAGUGUGGGACGGUCUUGGAUCAGCCAAGGAUACCGACUGAUGGUCUUGUUUUACGCGGUUGGUAUACAACCAUCACAUUGGCAGUUUACGGCAAUCUCACACAAGUUUUGAGUGACACACCUGUUGGUGCGAAUCCACCAAACAUACAGAGGCCAACUAUCGCCAGAGAAGUUGCCCCUGUCCCAUCAUCCAGUGUGGCACCGCCGGAAUGGAACCCAGAGCCAACUAACCCCAUACCCGCGUACACUGGCGCAGUCGCCGCCAGUAACCCUGACACCUACGGACCUAAUAAUUAUCCCGAAAAUUAUGACAAUCAAAUGUAUAGAGGCGAUUACUACGCAAACGAGCCGCCAAAAGAUCCGAGAACUUACCAUCAUAUAGACGAUAAUGAAUGGGAGAAAGAUCGGCGUGGACUGAGCUGUGAAAGAGAUGACAGGUUGAGGCACAGCCCUCGCUCCCUCGAGCAUGACAGGGAUAGAGAUAGGAGAGACACCAGAAGCAGGCGUAGAUCUAUUGAUAGGGGUCGUAGUCGAGAAUCUUCUCGACACCGCGAGCGAAGCAGGGAACUUGACCGUCUGCAUUCGAGAUCUCGAAGUCGUGACAGGGAUUAUCUGAUCAAGGGUGAAUAUCGACCACUGAGUCGAUCCAGAUCUCGCAGCAACGAUAGAGAUCGAAUGAGGGCGAUGUCCGGUGACCGGGACUGGGAUAGAGGUUCCUAUAAAAAAGACGACUAUCGUCGGCAUCGCGAUGCGUCCUAUGAUCGUUCACGUGGCGGUUCGUACGAUAAGGAUGCCGCUUCUUACGACAGACGUUCACCAUUUGACAAAAGGGCUCCAUCUUAUGAACGCAAAAUCCCCUAUGAGAAACGUGGCCCUUCGUAUGAGAAACGGCUUUCUCCGUAUGACAAGAGAGGAUCAUCGUACGAAAGGCGUGCACCUUCAUAUGAGAAACAAGUGCCGUAUGACAGAAAAAGACAUUCUCCCUACAGUCGCAUGAGAGGUUCCAGUUACGGAAGUCGAUCGCCUAGCAGGGACGAUCCCAGAAAGAGGCCUAGAACUCCACCUAGUGAGAGUGCACGAAGACCACUGUCGCCCCGAGAGGGUGACGUGACCAGUCCGAUAAAUUCUGUCCGGUCCGAAGAGGGACCCGAGUAUGACAGGAGUGGGAAACAAAUUCCACGCGUUGAUUUCUACCAUCCAAGCUAUCGACAUAAGAACUCCAUUCGUAGCCCAUCACAAGAAGUAGAGGGUGCUCCUUUCGUGGAACCCCAACACUCCAGUUUGGUUACCGUUCCGAUUGUCGAUAAUGUGACCGCGGCAAAAGCUAUCGAAUCCCCCGUCCGAAAUCAGGAAGAGUCUAUGGAUGCCGAGCCAUUCGAACCUAUACUUUCCGAUGAGGACAUAUGCGAUGAUUCUGAAGGCACACCUUACGUGGAAGUUGAUUACGAUGUGAAUGAUUACUGUGGCGUCGACGACAUCAUAAAAUACUAUAACCCAUUCAAGUGCGAAUGGCAGAAGUACAAUUAUGAAAAUAAAAUACAUUUUCUCGCUAACAUCCCUAAAGAAGGUGUCAAGGAUGUGAUGAGUGCAACCUUCGAUGAGCUAUGUGAGGCCAGUUCAGACUUGUUAAAAAUCUCAGAGUUGACAAAAGCGGCGAAAAAGCGGGAACAAAAGUUCUUCUCCAAUACUUUCACGGAAAUCGAUAAUUCUUCACGCGAAGAGUGGGUACAACAGUGUGAACAGCUGUUCGUGUCCCUGAUGAAUCUGUGCCGAAACACCGAUAUUAUCUUACGCAUAUUCCGAAAAAAUAAUACAGAUGACGAUUUUAUUGACAUAUACAAUUUGCUAGUGACUUUCUGUAGAAUUGGACUGAAUUACGACUUUGCAUUAGUGCAACAGCAACCGACUUAUAAGAUAAGGCACAUGAAGUGCGGUAUUCGCUUAGUUGAGGCGUUGACGUUUCACAGACACAAUGGACAGGUCACAAGUAUGUUGUUAAGUGCCGGGAUCAAUGUACCUAUGUUACUCUUAGAAAUGUACUCUAAAGAGUACAUGGCGCUGAGCAUUCGCCUCAUGAUAUUGAGAGUUUUAAAUGCAUCCCUGUCAUCAAGGGAGUCCAUGGAGCAAUUUAUGCAAGAAUCUAUAUUUCCGAAAUUUCACAAAAACAAUCAGAGUGAAACUAAACCCAAAAAUGGAUACCAAGCUCUCAUUGCCAUUAUGCAGACUAAUCCUCUAGCGAGAAUAAAAUUUUCGAUAAGUGCUCUAAUUAAAAAGGUAAAUAUUUAUGAACUGCUAGAUAAGCUUCACGACCUCGUUUUCAAUUUCAACAAAGCUGCAGCUGAAAAUAAUCAAAAUGAAGACACGGAGCUAACAGAGAAACAAACUGAUUUUAUUAUCAAUGCUCUCCAGGAAAUUCUGUAUAUGUACCGUACGCAUUGCUUUCACUUGUCUCAACCUAAGCGUUUUCUUCCUGUCUCUGCUCAAUUCGAAAUAAAUAAGGAAUGUUCGAACGAAAUUUUGUUAGAAUUCUUUAACAUACAUCACAUUUUGGAAGUCUGUCUCUAUCUUUUGACAUGUCCUACUACUUGCAACAAUCUCGUAGUCAUCAGUCCCAUUCAUGAUCUCAUUUAUGAAUUGGUAAAUUCAGAGAAUGGACUCAAUUUUUUAUACAAAAAUAUGGAGUUGAGUGAAUUAUUAUUCAAAACAUUAGCUCAACCAUUCGGUCAAUUGAACACGGAUGAGUUUAUUUACUCACAUGAUCUCAACAGUUACAGCGAUCUACAAAUAUUGGGCCUCGAAAUGGCUUACAAGUUAAAAGCGUUGUACUAUUUACAUUCUAUUAGCGAUUUACAAUCAGGAAGAGUUGAUGAGAACGAAUUGAUAGACAGAUUGCAAUCUUUGUACUGCUUAAGCUUUGGUAGUAUCGGGAAGACUGCCGUGCCUGAUGUCGUAGUCAUGGGAGACAACGCAGACUGCUUGAUGGAAGUCUUUGAAAACGAUUUAAAAAGUAAGAGCAAAUCCGACUCACCAUCUAAACAGAAAUCUCCCGCCAAAGGAUACGCGAUUGAGUUGAUCGUGUCAGCCGUGAGAUAUGCAGCGAAUGUCCCUUUCUUGAAGAAAUAUGGACAAAGACUCUCUAACGUAUGCAAUGAACAUGAUAGAUUUGAACCCAGCGUGUCUAGUAUUCUCCAAGAAGCUAUUCCAUACUUAAAACCAAUACAGAAAACUAUACUCCAGACGAGCGAUGAUCUGGCAGAAUGUGUCGAAAUCUUGAAAGGUAGUUUGGAGCACUCCGCCGACUUGCCAGGAGAACUCAUGACCUGUUUGAGAAUUUUAAGGCAUUUCUGCAUAUCAGACUAUGACACGAACGUUUCAAUCGCUUGCGAAUCGGCGACCGAAGAGUUCGUCGAAUUGAAAUAUAAAUAUAAUGUCCUCCAGCUGUUCUCUUUGGACGGAGUGGCACAUUUAGUGGGGAUUCUGGAUCGACUCGCCACUCAUUUCGAGCAACCGAGUAUGCAUACGGCGACCUUCGCUUCGACAAAAGGUGUGCAACUGGCCCAAAUGUUGCUGCCUUGCUUGCGAUUACUCGAUGAAAUGCUUGCUCGAGUGGUCCGGUGCCGCGGUCCGCGGUUCCGCGACUUGACCGCUGCCCCCAUUCUCCUGAAGACGUACGGUAUCGCGAAAGCAUUCCCGGCAGGUUCCGUUGGAUGCAGAACGGCGGCUAAAGCGGCCGAAGCUGCAGUGCGAGCGUUGCUAGCUUACGCACAACCCAUUGCCGACGACGCCAAAGACGGCGACUCCAUUAGACGAGGCUCGUGGACUUCACUUUGCUCCGAAGUCGUGUCGUAUACCAUGACGGCUCCGUACACGUUUGUGCCAGGACUGUUAGUGUUCUCGGAGUUGCUACCGCUCCCGUUGCCUAUGCAAACGAAGUCUCCACCUACUGAUAGAGAAUUGGCGGACGCCUCCAACGAGAGGCGACUGUGGUCUGCGCAUUUGCACGCCUUGUCGAACGAUUUGACAGACAUGAUCCAGAUAAUUUGCACGUCGACUUACAGGCCCGUCGUCCAUAUGUUGCGUCGUGUCUGCGUGCAGAUCGCCGAUUUGGCCCCGAACACUGCCGCGACAGUCGCCAGAGCUGCUAUAGGUGCAGUUUUAAAGGAACUGAAGCAAGACGAGCCGGCCACCGCUAGUUUGGCUCGGGUCCUCGGAUUCUUCGCGUGUUUGGUGUCUCACGCGUCUGUGAAAUGUGCAGUGUUGCAUACGAUGAAUACUGGUGGACCUAAAUCUACUGAAGUUCAAUCGGCGCUUUGUUCUGUGCUCACCCUCGCCAACGGAUCGAACGAGCAAGCGGCGGCUCAAGAGUUCGCAGCUCACGCUUUGGCAGCGUUUUGCGACAUCGAAAUAACUCUGACGCCCCUCACUUCGUCUUCGGAUGUCCUCCUGGCUAACUCUUUACCGAAUAAAGACGCGUUGGCUGCGUUUCUGGAAGCUUCGGCGGAUUGCUUGGAGUCUCCGUCGAAGACUUGUGCGGUCGCAUCUUCCAUACUGAGAUCGUAUUUCGUGCUAACUGACCAUGAGCACGGUUUCCAACAAUUCAGGAAGUUUGUUACGAAAAAGCGCGAAUCUCUGGGAAAGUUCUUUAAGUGGGCGCUUCAAGGGACCGGGGAGGAUAGAGCCGAUUGCCUAAGCAUGUACAUAGAUCUGAUCAGGAUCCUGAAGGUGGAAGAAGGCGAGGGUCCCGUGGGCAGGAAGUCGUUGUUACUUGUCAGCGAGAUGGCUGACAUGGUGGACUAUUCGUUGAACGAGGAAGACCACCCUGCACUGACGUUGGAGAAGACAUUGAAGGACAGAAGCUUCGACUUGGACGCGAUAGCGAACGCAACUCUCCUCCAGACUCACUUGCAGAAGUUGAAAGCGCCCGAAGAUCCUUCGACGCCGCCGCUAGAUGGCGCUGACUCGUUACCGACUCCGGAAAGUUUAGUCGCGCAGUUCUCCGCUAGAAUUAUUUAUGCCAUCGGGGAAGCCAGUGAUGAGAGAUUAACUACCAGCUUUUGGCUAAACGUGCCUUCUGCCAGCGGAGAGGACGACGUCAACGAUAGUGAAUUGGUAUCCUGCGACAUAAUGGAGAUAGCGAACGCGCACUUGUCCGUCGGAGGGGCGGGAGGGGCGGGAGGGGGCGCCGCCACCAGCGGGGCCGACGCGCUCACGGCCGCCGUCAGGAGGCUAGCGGGGUGCGUCGAUGCCAGGCCCGAGCCAUCGCAGGACGACAAGAGGCCGCCUGUGGCCCUGAGCCUGGUGCGCGAGGCAGGCGCGGACUCGUUCCGUUCUCGUCCCCCCAACACGUCGCGGCCGCCCUCGCUGCACGUCGACGACUUCACCGCCCUGCACACGCCCUACGCUGCGCCCAACCCCCCGCCUAGAGGGAGGCGCGCAGGCGCAGAUCGCGGCAGAUUCGCGUCGGCCGCGCCCAUGCAUGCACACUAUCGCCAUCUUCGCGGGCGCGGUGCGUGGGAGAUGGGUGUGCAACACUUCGGACAUUUCCCGCCCGCCUCCCAGUAUAUGAUGGGCGGCGCCGGGUGGGGCGGAGGCCGGCUGCAGCGCGGGCCGCGGCGAUCCUUCAUGCGAUGAAAGCGUUCAAAACAACACUUUAUUCCCUUUGAUAUAAGAGAUACAAUAAAAAUGACAUAUUUAUAUACAUGGGUUUUCAUUUCCUCGUCGCCGACACCGAUGAAACGCACCCACACAUACAUAACGAAAGUGACAUGAGUAGAGAAAAAUGGUUAUAUUUUAUUCUCCAUAGGGCUUUUUAAGGUUUUCAUCAAAAUCUGAAAUUACAAUUCAUAAUUCUUCUAGUCCUCUUCUAUCUUGAUGGAGAUACAGGAUCUCUUUUACGAGUAUAGCGCUGUUGUUCAUGCUGGAUGCAGCAAAAUGGAGAGUGCUUGAAGGACUUUGUCUACAUCCAUGCUUAAAAACCUUUAUUUUUUCUUUGCCUCCGUGGCCGAGUGGUUUGUAC